AUGGGGGUUUUAAUUGACGCGCGACCCAUUGUGGACGCGCACAUUGACACGGAGGCCGGGAAUGACGAAAAUAUCUCCGUCCUGCCGCCGCCGCCUGCUUCCGGGGACCGUGUGCACCAAGAAGCGACACCGAAUUCGGCAUCUGCUGCACCGCAAGCGCGGAAGCAGACAACGCCGCUGGAGCUUGUGGACAGGUAUAUUGACGAACCGCGCCCGCUCAAAGUCGCAGUCAUCGGCGGGGGUCUCGCGGGUAUUCUUGCAGGCGUCCUUCUACCUGCUAAGGUACCCGGAAUCCAAUUAACUAUCUACGAGAAAAACAGAGACUUUGGAGGAACUUGGCUAGAGAACAUAUAUCCAGGUGUCCGCUGCGACAUACCGUCUCAUGUUUAUCAAUCGACUUUUGAGCCGAAAAAAGAUUGGUCCGAUGAGUUUGCACCCGGGCACGAAAUUCGCGACUAUUGGCAGUCUGUCGCUAAAAAGUACAACGUGUACCAGUAUGCCAAAUUUGAGCACUUGGUAGAAGGGGCGGCGUGGGAUGCCGCUAGCGGAAAAUGGCGGGUUACUUCCAAAAGCAUAAAAAAGAACGAUGCCGAGACGCUGGAAUAUGAUUUUGUGCUGAACUGCAUUGGCCGAUUCAACGAUUGGAAGCUACCAGCGUAUCCUGGCAUUGACGACUUCAAGGGAACCUUGAGGCACACUUCAGAUUGGGACCCUACGUUCGACCCGGACGGCAAAAAAGUGGCGGUCAUUGGAAAUGGAGCCAGUGGAAUUCAGGUUGUCGCUACUUUACAGAAGACUGUGGCUCGUUUGGAUCACUACGCCAGAAACAAAACAUGGAUUGCAACCUCUUGGGCAGGAGAUGAACGGACGGCUGGAGCCCAACCUAUCGAGAAGGAGCUCCAGGACACCUUCGAGGAUUCUACGACUUACACUGCCUACAGGAAAACGGUUGAGGACAAGUACUGGCGCGGUUUUCCGGGCGUUCUUCGCGGUAACGCUAAAAACGUAAACCUCAAGUCCAACUUCAUCGAAGUGAUGCGGAAGAGACUUUCGAAGAAGCCAAAGAUGAUUGAGCACUUGGUUCCCGAUUUUUCUCCCAAUUGUCGACGCCUCACGCCUGGUCCUGGCUAUCUAGAAGCCAUUACCGAAGAUAAUGUGGACUACAUACGCACACCAAUUCGCAGAAUUACCGCGACGGGUAUUGAGACGGAAGACGGUGUCCACAGAGACGUCGAUGCCAUUUUCUGUGCCACCGGAUCCAAGACCGAUUUAGUCCCGCGUUUCCCGAUCAAAGCCAAUGGAAAGACACUCGCCGAUGCUUGGGCUCCAGACGGACAGGAACCCUUCCCGUAUACUUAUAUGGGUAUUGCCACACCGGGAUUCCCGAACAUCUUGUUUGUUCAUGGGCCGUUCGGCACUGGCCCGUCUGGCACCGUGCCCCAAAGCGUCGAGAGCCAGCUGUCGUACGUUGCAAAAUUGCUGCGCAAGGUAUCUAGGGAAGGAAUCAAGUCUGUUGAUGCCGACUCCAAGGCAGCUGACGACUUUAAUGAGUUUUCUGAAGCGUUCUUCAAGACCACCGUGUUUACGGACAACUGCAGCUCCUGGUACAAUGGCGGCAAGCCAGGUGCUCGAGUGCAUGGAAUCUGGCCUGGCAGCGCUGCGCAUCUCACCAUCGUGCGACGUGAUCCGCGAUGGGAGGACUGGAACUACGAGUAUCUGACUGGUUCGGGAAAUCGGUUCCAUUGGUACCUGGGCAAUGGAUCUACAAAGCGGGAGGCAGACCCCGACUCAGACAUUACCUCGUACCUUCAAAACCCAGAAGAAAUUGACUUGAAAGAUGUGCACGAAAGCUGGUGGAGUAUCCCAUAG